AUGUUUUGCUAUUAUCCAAAACCAACCUCAUGUUUUCUGAAUACCUCUCAAGCCAGUUGCAACAUUCUGUUAACCUGGAGUGACUCAGUGGGAACACUGUUGCCAUUCAAUACGAUUUUUUUCUUUUUCUUCUUCUUCUUCCUUUCUUUUUCUUUUCUUCUUCUUCCUUUCUUUUUCUUUUCUUCUUCUUCCUUUCUUUUUCUUUUCUUCUUCUUCCUUUCUUUUUCUUUUCUUCUUUUUCUUCUUUUCUUUCUUCCUUUCUUUUUUUUUCUUCUUUUUUCUUUUCUUUUCUUCUUCUUCCUUUCUUUUUCUUUUCUUCUUCUUCCUUUCUUUUUCUUUUCUUCUUCUUCCUUUCUUUUUCUUUUCUUCUUCUUCCUUUCUUUUUCUUUUCUUCUUCUUCCUUUCUUUUUCUUUUCUUCUUCUUCCUUUCUUUUUCUUUUCUUCUUCUUCCUUUCUUUUUUUUUCUUUUCUUUUCUUUCUUCUUUUCUUUUCUUCUUUUUCUUUUCUUUCUUUUCUUCUUUCUUUUCUUUUCUUUUCUUCUUCCUUUCUUUUUCUUUUCUUCUUCUUCCUUUCUUUUUCUUUUCUUCUUCUUCCUUUCUUUUUCUUUUCUUCUUCUUCCUUUCUUUUUCUUUUCUUCUUCUUCUUUUUCCUUUUAAAUAA